AUGGGGGACAGACAGGAAGUAUCAAUUGUAAACUCGUUAAAGACGUUCAAGGACGUUGCACAACUGUCCAAAACAAAAUUAAAACAUAUCGCUAAAAGUUUGGACAUUGACGUUGAAAAGUCGUUUGGAAAGAAAGCCAUACUUAAUCUUGUCUGUAAUGGUUUAAACAUAUCAACUUCGUCUACGAGUUCGUCUGUGCCGUUGCCCCAACCUGCUGAAGACCAAAGCUUACCGUCGAUAAGGCAGCUACAGAAACUAAAAAACUGGAGCAAGAGUCUCACUGGUUUACCGCAAGUUGUGGAAGAGUCCAUGGUAAAGACCUUUUUAGUUGGAGCGGGUUAUACCAAAGCGGACGUCAAGAAAUACAAAACCCUUCGUGCUUGGGAGCACAAACAAGGAGUUCACUCUUUAAAGGUUCAUUCAUUACCAGAGUAUGAAAAUAUGUGGGUUUUAAGAGGUUGUUGCAACCCAUCAUUCUCCACCGAUCCAGAAGAAAUGAAGACGAUGUAUGUUGUCAUGCACAUGGAGACCAGCAAGCCAUUAUUUGCAUAUUGUACCUGCACAGUUGGUUUGCGAGGUAAUUGCAGCCAUGUUGGUGCUUUGUUGUUUGUCUUGGCUGACAUUAUUGCAGAAGGAAAAGUGCAAAUCCCUUCAGACCCUACUUGUACGGACUUACCUUGCUCAUGGACAGAACCUAAAGGUGCCAAAGUAAAACCACCAAUGGUUGAAAAUAUAAAUAUUUACAAAGCUAAAGUGGGAGAGCAACCACCUGAAAAGAAAUUCCGACCAUCUCUUGCAAUAACAGAGGAUUUGUACAAAAACAGUGAUGAAAAUCCCCUAACAAAGGAAGAACGAAAAUCUAACUUGAGGCAGGCAAUUCUAGAAGCAAAUAUGGGUAAACCAAUGCCUCCCAUAGUUUACCUGUUAUCAAAGGUGGAAAAUGAUUCUGCCCAACCUGCAUCUGAGUGUAAUCUACCAGACGUUUAUAUUUGUGAGAAUUAUGAUGCAAGUUUAGCUAUUUGUUGUGAUAUUGAGGUACAGACUAGCUCAUAUGCAAAUGCUGACAAUAAUGAAAUUGAAGAAAUCUUAAAGCAUAAUCUUGGUAAUACAAUUUGCUUGCAAGAAAUUCGAGAAAAAGCAGAAAAUGUUUUGAGUGAAAUAUGUGUAAGCCAAGAGGAAGUUGAUUCAAUAGAACGGGAAACCAGAGGCCAGCACAACAAUCCACCCUUUGGGCUGAUUUUGUUGCUUCAGAUGGAAAGGCUAUAUUUGUUCUGA